CCACGCUCGUCCACACAUUCACGCAGACAUCCUCUGGCUACUUACUGCCUGGAUCGGCUCCGCAGGGAGGUGCAGUAGCCAGAGAACAGCGAUGAGGGCGACACGGCACGCCCAUCCGACUGGGCCGACUCGUAUGGCACAUCAAGGUGGUAGAAGUUGUGCCCCGAUAUCCACUCGUCCAUGUGACCUGCAGUGCAUAUCGAAGUAAUACAACAAACAGGUCAUGACGCCUUACGAGCGGAUGGGACUGGCACCCACCCACCCACCCACCCACCUGAAGCCACGGCGAUCCCCCAAGACGCAUCCAGGGGCUCAGGGCCCGUCUCGUCGCCCUCCUGCAUCCAGCCCAACAUCGCUGUCCUCAUCGUCAGCAUCGCCAUCGCUGAUGUACGACACGUCCAGCACGUCUCGCUUGGUGUCAAAUGCGUCAUAGAAAGGCCUGGGACGCAUGAGCAGGUCCUCCUCCGUCUGUGUCAUGUGCUGCGGCGGGAAGGUGUCCGUGUCGGGUGUCCGCGGGAAGGGGUGAAAGCGAGAUGGGAACGGCAGCGGACAACGCAGACGGCUGUGGCCUGUGACAGGGCAGAGAGAAAAGACGCACACACAUACCACAUACAGAAAAGAGCAAUUGGGUGGGUGUGGUGUGCCUCUUCUUGUCUUCUCUUCUGACCAAGUGCCGUGAGUGCUCUGUUGACAGGUGAGUGAUUGUCCCUCGGGAAGGGAAGGGGCGUCGACUCACGGUGGGCGCGGCCCACCACCACGGUCUCGAUGUUGACCAAAGACCGCUGCCGACGGGGCUUUGGCUUGCGGCUACGCAACAUACACCUGCAUCAGGCCAUCUAUCCAUUUGUGUAUCAGACCAGAUCAGCGAAGGCAUACUAGGUGUCUUCAUUCCGGUCUCACCUGUCCCUCAGUUUGGUGUCGAAUUGAGCCACGGUGGCCGGGCGAGUAACGGCAUCAUGCCUCUUCUUGCCCCCUGUUCCUCGAGACAAUGAGCUCACAGCCUGGAAAGGACACACGGACGACCAGUGAGCGUGCUUGGAAGAAUCCGACAGCCAAAGAUGUCUCUACUCACCCUGUCGACGUCUGACGGCGCUAUCCUUGGCGUGAGAGGCCGUCCACGCACACUCAACGGCACGUCCGCAUCAUCGCCACCCUUGCAUUCCUCCGAUUCCGGAACUCCCUCUUUCUUCGUCUCACCACAUGUCCUGUCCUCGCCAACCCGCUGCCCCGUGUGCGUGUCAGUUGGUGCGCUGGCCUCUUUCUCGUCCUCCUCUUGGUUGUGUUCCUGCCAGCCCCUCGUCCGCACGCUCUCAAGCAAAGUUGGCGUCGAACACACCUGCGGCAGUGGCGUGGGGGGCAAAUGUCGCAUGACGGGAGACGGCGUGAAGGGAGUCGACACGCGGGAGGGGACGCCAGACCGCUCGGGGAUCCACGGGGCUGCCUCCCUGCCCAGCCGACAAACAUCCUCGAUCGUUCGCUCUCCGUCUGGCGAAGAUAGACGCAGCGAGGGGAUGGGAGACGGCAACGGCCGCCCGCCCUCUCCAGCUGUCGUUGGCGGCACCGAGGCCGUGGACGCAGCAUCACGCGGACCAAAGGACGGUCGAAUGACGGUCGCGCGCUUGCCUUCGUGUGUCGCCUUGAGGGGCUUCUUGGCCGGUGGGUGGAUGAGGGGCGCACGCAGCUUGGUGGUGGUGGCAGGGAUAGAAACGGACACACCGGCUGCCGUACGGAGCACCGUCAUCGACGUGCCGAGCGGCGUACGCCUUUCUGCGCGAGGCCCCAGUGGCCGUCUGUGUGGCGGUUCUUCUUUCGGCUUGUAGACGAGUCCCUCUGGAGGGAUGCCAGUUGCUGCAGGGGCCGAGCGAGGUGGGGAGGGCGGGCCCGGGGCGGUAUGGGGAAAAGGAGCUCUCCAUCUCGAGCCUGGUGCUGUCUUGGCGAGUCGGCCGAGACAGGCGAUGGAUGGGCUGUACGACGCGGGGCUGCAGUUGGCGUCCGUCGCCCCCGUGGGAGCCACUGCCUCACAAGACAAUACACCACACAGACAGACGUUCCAUGAAUCAAUCAAAGGUGUUCGCGUUCGUCUAACUUACUCACAAGUGAGUCGGUCGCAUACGUCAACCCGCGCCUUCCUCUUCCCUGUCGACGGGGCGACCAUCACCGGACCCCUGCACAGCAGCCAGCAGCCACCCACAUUGCAGAGAGUGAAGCUGCACGCGUCAGCGCAUGCGUAGCUCACUCACUUUGUCGUCCUCUCGACAGGCGGCAUGUACGUCCCAGGUCCUGGCAGGUCCUCCACCCGAGCCCACACAUCACUGGCAUGGGCGUACGCCGGUUUGGAGGGCGAUUUGCGCCGUCGUCCGAGGUUCUGCGCGCCUCCCAUCGCCACCUCUAUCGCCGGCCCUGUGGGUUGCUUCCGUUUUGAGAACAUCGCGGCACGCAGGCGCUAUCUGAAACGGAAAUCGAGGCAGAAGGGAGAAGAGUCGUGAUGGGUAUUCGUAUACGCUUGUUGCUCUACAUGUUCCGAGCGCUGCUCCUGGCAGGCG